ACUCCAAGGACGAGGAAAGGGAGAGAGCCGACCAUGUCCAAGAAACUAGAGUCUCUACAAGAAACCAGCUAGGAAAUCAACUAACUUCUUUGCCUUCGUUUUGAAGCUCUCAUGACCUACUUGGCAAUGAAAAGAGGCGAGCGUUUUUCGACGGGCAGAUUGUUCUUGAGCCAGUCUCAUUCGUCUGGCAACCAACCAUGAGCAAGUCACAACGCUUAUCGCCGAGGAAAAAUGUCCUGGUGAUUUCGACUUGCUUGCUCCUUUCAUUUGCAUCCUUGUUCAUAUGGAUUGAACCUAAGGCACCGGUUUGGCCGAUGCAAUCUAUGAAAUGGGGUUUCAAUGAGUGGAAGUUACCAAAAUUUGAAAUGCCCUUUUUGUUAGAUGAGAACCAAGUCGUGACCCCUUCAAUGGACCAAUCUGAUGCUCUUCUUCACGCAUUGAUAAGGAGAGAUCACUUCAUUGAACCACUGGGACGACGGCUUCCUUACUUUUUGUCAAAUCCAACCAAAGACCCUUCAAUGGGACAAGGUCAAUCAAUACGAAAGUUGUUCCAGAACAAGACAAAUGGCUUUUUUAUUGAAUGCGGUGCUUUAGAUGGCGAGACUCGAUCGAAUACAUUGAGCCUGGAACGAGAUCUCCAAUGGACUGGUAUUCUCAUUGAGGGCGAUCCCAAAUCGAUCCCAAAAAUCUUAUCCAAAGGACGAAAGUCGUACGUGGUGCCACAUUGCUUGGCAACCAAAAAUAUAACUAUGAAAGUCAGUUAUGGCUCGUAUUUCAAUUUGGGUCGGAUUGUGGAUGAGUCGCCCGGCAAGAAAGACAAAGAGGUGGUGGACGUCAUGUGCUUGCCUUUGUUUGCUAUUCUCAAUGCCUUGAAGGUUCCUCAAGUGGACUAUUUUAGCCUUGACGUGGAAGGCAACGAGUUGGAUGUGCUCAAGACUAUUCCUUGGGACGAAGUUAACAUACUUGCUCUGUCCGUGGAAUUUACUCAUAUUGGAGAAUCUCACACCACUGGUACAAAGUCAGAACUACAAUCCUUCAUGGAGUCGAAAGGCUACCGAAUAGUCUCCAAAGUAACCAACGGCCACCAGUUGGCGAACGAUUUCAUAUUUGCCAAAAACGGUCUCUUUGAUGAUAUUUCUAUUGCUGAUGUGAUUUCUUAGACAUUGCUAUUAGAUAUUUUUAUUUGUAUUAA